AUGCAACAAACCCUUAAAGCAUGUGAAAACUUCAAGUACACUUUGGAAGACGGCUCCGAGGUCGUUUUUUCAAAUCACGAAAGAGAUGCAAGAGAGACUACGCUUUACACUGAUGAAGAACCCCAGGAAGGGAUGUGAAGGGCGAUGAGGAAAGUUGUCUCAAAACUGAGGUUAUAGUAGUCAAUGCAGAUUGUCUCGAGGAAGCCAUCCGCUUGAAGAAUAAGGGAUUUAACCCAGCUGUCCUGAACAUGGCUUCAAAAAAAAGACCGGGUGAGUGGAAAAAUUACUUCUAGGUCAAGUGUGGUAAUGGUUAUGUUUAAGAUAUAUAUCAGCUGACCAGUUUUGUAUCAAUUGGAUACAAAUUCUGACUGCCGUCAGAAAACAUUGAUUUAUCAACAGAUUGAUCCAUGAAUGGUAAGAUACUCGCCCCUGUCAUUCACACUUUAGGGUACACCACCUACCCCCUCUCCACACACAAUCAUAUUUUUUUCCACAAUCUGUUUCCCUCUGUCAAGAGUGGGGGAGGUUUCUUUGAAACUUAACCCAGUAAAUGUAUUUUUAUCCUACACACAUGUAGGUGUGUCACUAUAUCUACAUAGCCUUUCUUAUUCUCUUUGUUUGUUUGCAUUUUUAGGGGGAGGUUACUUAUCAGGAGCAGGCGCACAGGAGGAGAACUUGUUCCGUUGUACAGAUUAUGUACAACAUUUAGCAGACCCAGAAAAAAAAUUUGAUCCCACAAGAGAAUGGAAAUACUGA